GGUACCAUGGUCAUCCAGAACCUGGAGUCAGUGCUGAGGGAGGAGGGUCAGUGGAAGUUCCCUCARGAGUUCAAUCCUGAGAACUUCCUGAACGAGCAGGGAGAGUUUGUCAAACCAGAGGCCUUCAUGCCUUUCUCUGCAGGUCCUCGGAUGUGUCUGGGAGAGGGUCUGGCUCGUAUGGAGCUGUUCCUCAUGAUGGUGACCCUGUUGAGGAAGUUUAAGUUUGUCUGGCCAGAGGAUGCUGGAGAGCCAGACUUCACUAUGGUUUUUGGGGCAACGUUGACUCCAAAGCCUUACAAGAUGAUGGUCCAGCUGAGGUCUGAACAGUGAGGAGUUGCGCUCUGCAGAAGCUGAUAAAAGAACUCAAAGUGGCUCCUUUUAAAGGGAUCCCUGAUUAGUUGUAA